AUGUAUUGCAUUGAUAGUAAAAAGCAAAACAUAUGCAUUGAUAGUAAAAACAAAACAUCUUUAAUUUAGGAUUAGUGUGAAUUUGGCAAGGCUGGAAAUGGAAGAGGGAAGUGUGUCACCAUGAAAACAUAUAUUUUACUAGGAUAACUUAAAAAUGACUGAGUGACCUCCCUUUUCCGAUUAACCAUUGGACAUCCUAAAAAUAGAACAUGUAAAAUAAAAUAGAACAUGUAGAUAAAAACACCAGGAGUCAGGAGUAGAUCUACAGAUUCUGUUGGUUCUGCACAAAAUGCCACCGCAUCCCCAUUGCCACUGGAGGAGCGCACAGGAUUGGAAGACAUUUGGUCUGGAAUUUUCCUCUCCUAGCGAUGAAGCAUGUAAGAUGUACGACGCGUGUCUCACACAGAUUGUGAAUCACUUUGACGACACAAGUGUGGGUGGAACGGAGGGAUGCAUGAACAAAAUGUUUCAAGCAGACCCAGAUUUUUUGAUGGGACACGUCUUCAAGCUGGGAGCCAUGUUCCAGUUUGUCCAUAAGAAUUAUGCGCAUGCGCAGGAAGUAUACAAGAUGGCCGAGAUGGCAAAGAAACCGCACGUAAAACCAUGGGAAAGAAAGCAUGCAGAAGCGGUGCAAUAUCUGUCAGAAGGAAACUUGAACAAAGCUUGUGAGAAGUGGGAGGACAUAUUGGUUGAGAAGCCCAUGGAUAUGUUGUCCCUCAAAUUUCUCCAUGAUAUGUAUAUUGUUAAUGGUCUGUCACAGGGACUUAGAGACAGCUGCUCCAGAGUACUGCCUUACUGGAAACCGGAUACACCUUGUUAUGGAGAUCUUCUGGGCAUGUAUGCCUUUGGGUUAGAGGAGACAAACAUGUAUUCUGUAGCUGAGAAAACAGCAAGAAAGGCUUUAGACAUCAAUCGUCAUGAUGCUUGGGCAGCACAUUGCGUGGCACAUUGUAAAGAGAUGACUGGGGAGUUCCGUGAAGGGAUCAAGUUCAUGACUCAAACUGAAAACAACUGGAACGAUAAUGGACUUUUAUGCCAUAAUUAUUGGCACUGGGCCCUUUAUUACUUUGAGAAUGGUGAAACCGAAUCUACACUCGGCAUACUUGACAAUCAUGUGAUACCGUUUAUGAAAAGUAAGAAAACAAUGUUCAGUGUUACCGAUACAGCUUCAAUGUGUUACAGAUUGGAAGCUGAAGGUUAUAAUUUGGGAUCUAGAUGGUCUGACUGUUUCGAAAUUGCCAAAGAACAUGUUGAAGACAACGUAUGGUCAUAUUAUGAUAUAAACACCAUGCUGGCCUGUCUGGGGUCUAAAAAUAAAGCAGAAAGCGACCGUCUUUUAGCUAGCGUUAAAUCAUCUAUAAAGAAUGGAAUAGGAGAUAUCGCAAAGGUUUACUCCGACGUUACUCUUCCCAUUCUUGAGGCUAUAAAGGCUUAUGAUGAAGAAGACUAUGAUACCGCAGUUGAAAUAAUGAAGCCACUAAAAUACCAAGUGUAUAGAGUUGGAGGCAGUCAUGCCCAGAGGGACUUGUUCAACCUUUUCACCGUCAAUGCUGCACUAAGGUCGAAACUACCUGAAAAUCAAAAAUAUGCAAGUCAUUUGCUGAUGGAGAGAAAAAGUCAGAAAGAGUCACCUUUGGCUGACAGACUUCUGCAGAACCUGGUUAUCAGUCAUUAGACCGAAGUCAUCUGAUGAUUAUUUCCAACCAAUCUCUUGGAAAAUUAUUAUAAUCAAUGGACAUAAUGUUGUUUUUUUUUCUGCAGUCUGUCCAAUUAGGACAAAAAGGUACGAAGUACCCCACCCAUCUGCAGUAACAUUGUGAAUUGAUUUUUGUUUUUAAAUCCCCUAUGAAUGUUCUGACUUUGAGAAACACGUUUGGUGUUCAACACUGUUUAACUCCAAUGCCGAUGACUUUGUUAUAGAAAUUAUGUAUGUAUUAAUAUGGUUAGAAAUCCUGUGUUUUAAAUUUUGACACCCGACACUUUUUAACAAAGGUGGUUGCAUGCCAGUAUUUCUCAGAAAUCUUAAAAUAACAUUUUUUUUCUGAUUUUUUCCCCUGAUAUUCAAAGUAGGCACUUAUUCUAUAGUAUACAAAUAGUGGAGUCACAAUACAAAACAGAUGUUACUUCAGAAUUCCAGAUGCAAUAUCUCAAAAAUGUGCUAUGAUAUUUUUGAGGACUUUUUUAUGCGUUUCAUUUCCUUUGAUACUAUGUAUUCUACACCAGAAAGUUUAUGUUGGAAUUAGUUCAACUCAAAAAGUUAAAAUGACCAGCCUACAAUAUAUAUGGCGCCAAAUUCAACUUGUAUUCAGAUAUUUUGGUAUUCGCUCAUUAUCAUUCUUGAAAUCUGAUCCCGUAUGAUUGUUUCUUUUUUGUCGUACUAGAAGCAUGGCCUUUGUCACCUGUUCAGGUGUUGCUCGUGCUGUAAUUCACGUCAUAUGUGUUUUUGUUGCAUGUAUGCCAGAAAGUAUUUGACGUAGUCAGAAAACAGAGGAUUGUUAUAUAGCAUGUGAAAUUCUAUUUGGGAUUUUACUCAGCUAGAGUUAUGGCCAUAAAAAUACACUCUAAGUGCUUAAAAUUUGUUUCGUAUAUAUCUUUAAAAUAUUUCACCUGGAGUCAUGGAACACGAUGUAAAGUGACCGAAAGUGGAGACACCAGUGUCCUAUGGACUCACCUCUAAUGAAAAUCUAGAAUGUAGUUCUUUGUAGCAAUUUUCAUGGCUAUUAUAACAUCGGGUUAGUAAAAGCGUAAAAAUGCGCAGGCAUUCGUCAGGGUAAGAAUUCUAACCACAAAUGCGAGAAAUAAAGUUUCAGUUUCAAAAACGAUUUUACAUUUCCGUAUACUUCUACUAUAUUUACGUUGAAAGCAAUAGGCAGAGAAAGUAUGAACAGUUUAUUCCGUGUGAUGAUUUUAGCUCACCGUUUCUUGCUCUAGCUUUAAGGUUCGUUAGAUGCCUGUCAUCUGUCCGCCAUUUGCAAUUUCUUGGACAUCUUCUAAACCACCAAACAAGUUACAGGAAUAUUCCUAACAUUGUCUCCUUUCAGACUUCUUUAAAUGUUUGUGAUCCAUAAAGAAUUAUGGUUGUCAUGUUAAAAUUUUUUUUUAAAUAUCUGAGAAACCACUGGCCUGAUUUCAAAAUUAUUUCACAGCAGUGUUCACUGGACUACCCCCAUCUUAUUUUAAUGAUUGUUUUAAAGUUUUUCGUGAGUUGUUGGAGCUAGUGUUGUCUAUAUCUCUUUUUGAAUUCUCUUGUGAAAUCGCUGGCCCUAUUUCAAAAUAAAUUUAAUGAAAUGUUUUGUGAUCCGCUACCAGAUUCAUUCAAACCAUAUUAAUUUGUUGAAAUGGCCAUCAGGAAGUAGGCUCAGUUUUCUAGGUCUAGCUUUAUAAACGAAAACUAAAAAAACUUUCCAUUUAAGCGCCAGCCCGAUUCAAAAUAAUUUCAGAAAUGUUUCUCUCCCGACCCUCUACCAAAGCAGUUUUAAAGGAGUAUUUUAUCUGUUUAAGGACAUAGAUUUUUUAUGAAUAAAAUUUACUGAAAUAUCAUUUGGUGUCUUUGGUGAUAAUGAAUAUAAUUAUGGUAUCUUCUUUUUCACACCCGAGUACGUCAGUGUUUGCAUAUCUAAUAUGUUUUAUCAAUAUGUUGUUUCAUCUUGGUGCUGCUGCUUUUUAAUCAGUAAAAUUUAUGUUAAACCUGAA